GAAAAGAGGUACAUCUGCUCGAUAUGCCACCACUCGUUCACACGGAAACACAACUUGAAGUCGCACCUCUUGAUCCAUACGAACGAAAAGCCCUUCAGCUGCUCCCGCUGCUCCUCCCAGUUUCGCAGGCAGUACGACUUGAAGAGACACGAGAAAACGCACACGAGAGAAAAACCGUUUGUGUGCAAUUCCUGUGGCAAGCAAUUUGCCAGAGCGGACGCCCUUCUCAGGCAC